CUUGUACAAAGGGAUCAAACCAGAGAAUGAAUUUAUUCCGUCUGAAAAUUUGAAAGACAGAAGGAAGACGAAGAAACAGGGAAAUGGGCAAAUUCCUGGGCGCCGCACCCUGCUUCACUAUUCCUAUGUUGGUACUACUUAUUGUUGGGUGUGCUGCAAGGCCUUUUUACCCACUUCCUAGUAGAUUACCUGAAGGAAGUAGGCAUCCUCUUCAAACCACUCGUCCAUAUAAUAUUGCUCAUCGAGGUUCAAAUGGAGAAUUUCCAGAAGAGACUCUUCCUGCGUAUAAGAGAGCUAUAGAAGAAGGUGCAGACUUCAUUGAGACCGACGUCUUAUCUUCCAAAGAUGGAGUUCUUAUUUGCUUCCAUGAUGUAACGCUUGAUCAGACUACUGAUGUUGGAAAGUAUAAAAAGUUUGCCAAUCGUAGGAGAACAUAUGAUGUCCAAGGAGUUAACAUCACUGGGUUUUUCACUGUUGAUUUCACACUGAAAGAAUUACAGUCAUUGAAGGUGAAGCAGAGGUUUCCUUUCAGAGAUCAACAAUAUAAUGGAAAAUUUUCUAUAAUAACUUUUGAGGACUUCAUUGCAAUUGCACUUGAUGCACCGAGAGUUGUUGGAAUAUACCCAGAGAUUAAAAAUCCAGUAUUCAUUAACCAGCGUGUCAAAUGGCGAGAUGGUAAAAUAUUUGAGGACAAGUUUGUGGAGAUUCUAAAGAAAUAUGGAUAUAAAGGUUCAUAUUUGUCAAAAGAUUGGUUGAGACAACCUGCUUUCAUUCAGUCAUUUGCUCCAACUUCCAUCAUACACGUAUCAAAUCUUACAGACCUGCCCCAGAUCUUAUUGAUCGAUGAUACUACAAUUCCAACACAGGACACAAAUCAGACGUAUUGGGAAAUUACCUCUGAUAGCUACUUCAAUUACAUAAAGAAGUAUGUGGUGGGAAUUGGACCUUGGAAGGAUACUAUAGUCCCUGCUGUCAACAACUAUAUGCUAACACCUACAGAUCUUGUAACCCGAGCACACGCACAUAACCUACAGGUCCAUCCAUAUACUUUCAGAAAUGAGCACAACUUUGUCCAUUUCAACUUUCAUCAAGAUUCAUAUGAGGAAUUUGAUUACUGGAUCAACACAAUAAGGGUCGAUGGGAUUUUCACCGACUUUACAGGCAGUCUCCAUCAUUUUAAGAAAUGGACCUCUAAUCUCCCUCCAAAUGAUACUGAAGAACAGAGUGCAUCUGAUUUAUUGCAUAAAAUUUCUGUGAUGCUGAAUCCGUAUCGAAGUUAGGACAGAGUAUAUACGGUUGCUUCAUUUGGACAACAACAUUGUGAAACUUGUUUAUAGACCAAGGUAAAUUGGGGCAUUGCAUUGAAAACAAGGAUAUUAUUAUAUACCUGGGCCAUUGAUCAAUAAAUAAAGAAAAGAACUGUUGGCUCA